AUGGAUUGGGUUACCGCCUUGACAGCGAGCUCCGGUGCCGUGCUCUAUGCUCUGGCUUACCUGGCUUCCUGGGUCUAUGGGCUGUUCAGUGUACUAGCCUCGCCAAUGUGGAUCCUAGCCCAUGCCAUCCUCUAUGUGCUCCUUUCUCCACUAAGGCUUCUAAUCAAAUUCGAGGCCAUUCUUAGCUACUUCACAGUAGCCGCAUUGAUGGGGGUUAUCCUGGGAAUAUCAAUUCAUUAUGCGUCGUCGGUUACUGUGGAGGCGGUUCAUCAAUGGUUUGGUUCACUGAAGUAUGACCCAGCUCGCCCUAGGCGGAAUAGUUUUCAUGGACGUCUACUUGAUAAAGUCAAAAGAGGGACUUCUCCGAGCGAUUCCAACGCGUCCGACGAGAAUAUGCCGGAGUGAUAGACCGACGCGAGGGAUAGGCUCAACCCGAUGAGAACCUGGCAUCGUCUACACGAUCCUCGAAGGGGAAGAAGCAGCAGCAGCAACCGGGCCGAGGAAUGACGG